AUGGAGAAGCUGAGGAGACUGGUGAUUCAAAUAGCCAGCACUCCGCCAUCCCAGAGAUUCUCUGCUCUCUCUCCACUCCAGCUUUCUCUCAUUCCCCUACUCUCCAUCGCUUCCUCCAUCUACAACCUCGCUCUUCUCAUCCGACACCGCCUCUUCUAUCUGGGAAUUUUCCACAAACGCAGGUUGCCAGUGCCAGUUUUUAGUGUUGGAAAUUUGACAUGGGGAGGAAAUGGGAAGACUCCAAUGGUUGAGUUCGUUGCUCGGUGGUUGAUCGAUUCUGGGAUUUCACCGCUUAUUCUGACAAGGGGUUAUGGCGGUGGUGAUGAAGCCAAAAUGCUUCAACGACAUUUACAGGGGACAUCUGCUAAAGUUGGUGUUGGAGCUAACAGGGCUGCCACUGCUGCUAGUUUUCUUGAAAGACACGGAUAUCUGAACUUUUCUGAUAGUACAUGCUCCACAAAAGCUUUCUUGAGCAAGAAAGCAAGGACUGAUUCUUUUUCAGACAAAAUUGGAGUGGCAAUAUUAGAUGAUGGAAUGCAGCAUUUGCAGCUGUGGCGUGACCUAGAGAUUCUUAUGGUGAAUGGGAUGAUGCCAUGGGGAAAUCUGGAGUUGAUUCCACUUGGACCAUUAAGGGAACCUCUUGCUGCACUUGGGAGAGCAGAUGUUGUUGUAAUCCAUCAUGCAGACUUGGUGGCUGAACAAAAUAUUGAAGCCAUUGAAUCAACAGUUUGGAAAGUCAGUGACUCUAUCCCCAUAUUCCUGACACAAAUGGCACCUUCAUACUUCCUAAAAGCUGGCAACACUUCCUGUGUUUUAUCCCUGAGGGCAGUAUAUGAUAUGAUUGUCCUGUGUGUUUCUGCUAUUGGUUUUCCUGAGUCCUUUGUGCAGACAAUUCUGAAGAUGGGACCAAAGCAUGUUGAUCGAUUAGAUUUCAGUGAUCAUCAUUUGUUCCAGGCUAAGGAUAUUACUGUCAUUAGAAGGAGACUUAAAGAACUUGAAUCUGCAUAUGGCAUGCAGCCAAUUGUUGUUGUGACUGAAAAGGAUUAUGAUCGUGCUCCAGAUGUUCUGAAUCAUGUGAAUCCUUAUCAAGUAUUGGUGCUCUGUUCUAGCAUGCAAAUCCUACCUCGUGAAGGGCGCACAGAAGAUAAUUUCAAGAAGUUCCUAAGAGAGCGCCUUAAAUCAUUGUCGGACUCGAAGAUUACUUGAAGCCUUGAACUUACAAGAAGGAGGGCCCAGGAGAGCCCCGUUGAUUAUUUUCGGACUCGAAGAUCACUUGGAAGUUGGAAGUCUUGAGCUUGUAAUAUGGAGGGAGAAUAAUUUUCUUUGGUCAUGACUCAUGAGAUUAUUUCUCGCAUAUGAUUCAUGGUUCUUAUUCCUACAUGAGAUUCUUGAUCAGGCGUACGAUGUGGAUCUUGGGCUUUACUUCCUUCAGUUAUUACAUAUUAGGAACAAUAAUCGGAUGAAA